AUGUUAUUCCCCGAGGCGGAUGCGCCGCUGCUCAAGGCGUGGAUUGUGAAGCGCAUCGAAAACACAUCGGAUGCCGACUCGGAUGUGCUUGCAGAGUACGUGAUUGCGCUGCUGAAGCACGACGGGGACAAGGAGAGCGUGAGGAAGCUGUGCGAGCAGGAGAUUCCAGACUUUCUGACAGAAGAACCUCAGGCUUUCCUGGACGAUGUCUUCCAAGCAAUCGCCUACAAGUCUUAUCUCCCGGGCGCACAACCCGCUCCGAAACUUGCCGAGCUUCAUGCCUCGUCACAGAAGAAAAGCCCUGAAUCGUCGCGUAAACGACGGUUCGACGAGUCUGGCCCCUCGGACGAUCGUGAACGGAACAGGUCUCCGGGUGGACGCGCAUUCAAACAGCUUCGAAAGGGGCGACGCGGCCGAGAGGAUAGAGCUGACAGAAACGCAAACGCAUAUGGCAUGAUGAUGAUUCCGCCAUUCAAUCCCAACAAUCCCAUGGAGGCUAUGAUGCAGAUGCAAGCUAUGGGGUUACCAUGGCCAGGGAUGCCGGGACAGCAAGGCUGGGGGGUUGGCGGCGGUGCUGUCGGGAGAGGCGCGCAGAGGAGGAAGGGGAGAGGGAGGUGUAGGGAUUUCGACACCAAGGGGUUUUGCGCGAGGGGGAAUACGUGUGUUUUUGAUCACGGUGACGGUCAUGACGAAGAGGAUGAAGAGUAUGACCCCGUCAACGUCGUCAUCCAGCCUCUGAACUUGGAGGCGCCCUCGCGCGGCCGCAAAACGAAGCGAGGAGGACGAAAGGGCGGUUCGCGGGCACCAUUCUCCGCCGAGGGGGCUGUAAACGAUCGCUCAAAGAGUACCAUCGUGAUCGAGAACAUCCCGGAGGAACACUUUAGCGAGGACAAGGUCAGGGAGUUCUUCUCUCAGUUUGGAAACAUUGUUGAAGUAUCAAUGCAACCGUACAAACAUCUAGCGAUUGUGAAGUACCACAAGUGGGCCGCAGCAAACGACGCAUACCGCUCGCCAAAAGUAAUUUUCGACAACCGAUUCGUCAAGGUCUUCUGGUACAAGGAUGAAGGGGACAAGCUGCCGGCUUCGGUUCCAAAUGGCUCCAGCCUCGCGCCCGGCUCAGGACCAGACGAAAUGGAUGCCGAGCCAGAACUUGACAUGGAAGAGUUCCAACGGAAACAAGAGGAAGCACAAAAGCAGCAUCGGGAACGGGAGGACAAGCGCAGCGAACUGGAAAAGAAACGGUUAGAUCUGGAAAAGCAGCAGCAAGAACUACUAGCAAAGCACCAGGCCGAGUCGGAACGGUUACGGGCCAAGUUGGCGGAGAAGAACAGCGGCCCCGACACACCUGGUGCCUCGGGGGCUGACAUGCUCAGGGCCAAGCUUGCCGCGCUGGAACAAGAAGCCAAGAUGCUCGGCAUCGAUCCCAACGCCGAAGCAGAGUCGAGCGAAUACCCGCCCCGAGGCGGACACGGGGGCCGCGGCUAUCGUGUGAGAGGAUUCGCACCGAGGGGCAGAGGCGCGAUGAGAGGAACAGCAGGGAGGCAUGCCGCUUAUGCCCAGUUUUCCAUCGACAACCGUCCCAAGAAGCUGGCCAUAACGGGUGUCGACUUCACACCGUCAGACAAGGACGAGCAACUCCGCCACUUCUUACUGAACAUGGGUGAGUUCGAAUCUGUCGACACAAGCCCCUCGGUCACACACGUAUCCUUCCGAGACCGCAAAACCGCCGAGAAGCUGUACCAUUUGCUCCACGGGAACGAACUGCCCGGCGUGCAAGGCAAGCUUGAACUGACGUGGGUGAACUCGCCGCUGCCGCCUGUCGCCCCGAAAAAGUCGGCGCACGAGGACAGCGGCAUCGUGACCCCGGGGGAUGCAAUGGCUGGUAUGGACGAUGCCAGGGAGGAGGGGAAGCCGCGCGACAAGGAGAGGGAUGCCGACGCCGCCGCGCCCGUGAAUAUGGACUACGAGGUGGGCGAUUACGGAUGGGAGUAG